AACUACGUUGUUUUAAAUCUUGCUGUUCUAAUUUAAUCUAUUCUAUUAUUAGAAACUGAAUGUUUAGGCCUGGGAUAUACUUGUUGUUCUAGAAAUGCAACCUAUAGCCUAUACAGACCGAUCUAUAGUUACUCCCUUUAUUUUGUUAGCCAUAACUGCCUUCCUAACUAACGUUAGAUACAAUUCUGGUUUUUCUUAUCGCUAGUUAGAAACUGUUAAAGCUAGAGCUUGUCAUGUAGUCUUGCUAUUGUUUCAAUUGUGUCACUGAUUUCGUUCUGUCAAAUCGGGAUUCAUUUGAUGUUUUUAACCAGUUUGCUAUAUAGACAAUCCACCACGAAGAAUGAUACUACGUGAACCACAAAGGCAUUUUAUUUCUUUUAUUUCUUUGUAGUAUUUGGUGCUUUGCACCUGGGUGAAUUUUGAAUCUUUAGUUUGAUAUUCCUGCGAAGUGUUGCAGCCGAGAGCCCAUUGUUUCACACAUACUAUGCGGAUUGAUUCAUGUUUUUAUGAAUCUGUCUGGAGCUGCUAAAUUAAUUAGCUGUAGCAUACUAAUGGAAUGUUAAUCUUUACCAUAAUGAGAUCGCUAGCUAUGAAGAAAUGGCUUACAGCUUAAAUCACUGCUGAUGGGUAGCUGUACGUAUAUCGUUCACUUCGAAAGUAGGCUUUAUUAAAAAGUAACUAGUUUUGUUGUAAUUAUAACACAGCUAUUAGCCCGUGAGUUGGUCGUCUUAUUGUUGGCCCAUUUUAAUUUCCCACUGUUGAGUUUUCGCUAGCAUAGCACACACCACACACCUGUCCUCCCUAAAUAAGAUCUUCAAGGAGCUUGUUUCUAGUGAUUCCAAAAAAUGUUCUGUGUGAUUAUGGAAAUAUGGCUCGUGAUCAAAAAAGAACUACAGCACUGCACGCGAAAGGACCGCCUACAUUGCCUUAAAGCAGCCCGACCUAUGAGUUCUGAAGUUCCAGUUACCACUACUGCUGCCACCUGGAGAUUUCUCAGCUACAUCUAUCAGACUUUAGUGGAUUCCACUGCUUUAUGAGUGAUGCGUGUAUGUGACCUUGGCUCUGGGCUGUAGCGGCAUCGUGCAGGAGGAUGAAUGCAGAAGAGCUGGAGCUCCUCAGUGACUCCAAGUACCGGAACUAUGUAGCAGCUGUGGACAAGGCACUGAAAAACUUUGAGUACUCAAGUGAAUGGGCAGACCUCAUCUCUGCGCUGGGCAAACUCAACAAGGUAUUGCAAAAUAAUGCCAAGUACCAGGUUGUGCCUAAGAAACUGACGAUCGGCAAACGUCUGGCCCAAUGCCUACACCCAGCCCUGCCCAGUGGCGUCCACCGAAAGGCCCUAGAGACGUACGAGAUAAUCUUCAAGAUCAUCGGACCCAAGCGGCUAGCUAAGGACCUCUUCCUGUACAGCUCUGGUCUCUUUCCGCUACUCACCAAUGCUGCCAUGUCAGUGAAGCCAGCUCUGCUGGGGCUGUAUGAAACCUACUACCUCCCUCUGGGAAAGACCCUCAAGCCGGGCCUGCAGGGUCUGCUGACGGGGGUCCUGCCUGGGCUGGAGGAGGGCUCCGAGUACUAUGACAGGACCAACACCCUGCUGGAGAAGGUGGCUGCAGCGGUGGAGCAGUCUGCGUUCUACAGCGCCCUGUGGGGCAGCAUCCUGACCAGCCCCGCGGUGCGGCUGCCGGGAGUCACCUUCGUCCUGCUGCACCUCAACCGCAAGCUCUCCAUGGAGGACCAGCUCUACAUCAUGGGCAGCGACAUCGAGCUGAUGGUGGAGGCAGUCAGCACAUCAGUCCAGGACUCCAGUGUGCUGGUUCAGAGGAGCACCUUGGACCUCAUCCUCUUCUGCUUCCCCUUCCACAUGAGCCAGGCAACCCGUCCAGACAUGAUCCGCAUCCUGUCUGCAGCCCUGCAUGUUGUUCUGAGGAGAGACAUGUCACUGAACCGCAGGCUUUAUGCCUGGCUGCUGGGCUUUGAUAACAAUGGUGUGAGAACAGGCCCUCGCAGCACGCGGAACAGCAGUCCAGAAGAGCACGCCACCUACUACUGCAACACCUUCUCCAAGGACAUGCUGGUGCAGGCGAUGGUGGGGAUCCUGCAGGGGAAGGCCCGUGGCGGGGAGGAGGAGAGCGUUCUGAUGCAUGACCUCAAGCCCUUCCGCAUCCUCCUCAGCCUGCUGGACAAACCGGAACUAGGCCCGGCAAUCCUGGAGGAUGUUCUGAUCGAGGUGUUCCGCACGCUGUACACGCAGUGCCGAGCCGAACUGGACCUGCAGAACCAGAGUCCCUUCAGCAAGGACCACACCCAGCUCAGCAGCAAACUGCGGGAGAACAAGAAAACUGCAGAGCUGAUAAAAACUGCAAAUCUUCUUUUCAACUCCUUUGAGCCGUACUACAUGUGGGACUACAUCGCGCGCUGCUUCGAGGACUGUUGCAGGAGGACCCUGAACUCCCACCUGCAGGUGGGGGCUGCUGGGAAAUCUGAGCCCUCAGAACUCUCACUGCUGGAGUUCUGUCACCUGGUGGACUUCCUGCUGGACAUCGUUUCCCUGCCCACUAGAAGCAUGAGGGUAAUCUGCCAGGAGACGUACAUCGAGAUCCAGACGGAGCACCUGCCCCAGCUGCUGCUGCGCAUGGUGUCCGCGCUCACCUCCCACCUGCAGGCCCUGCAGCUGGGCGAGCUCACGCACUGCCUGCGUCUCUGCUCCAAGAUCCUCAGCAAGGUCCAGCCCCCCCUCGUGUCCCCCCUGACCCUGCCACCGGGGGGCGGCGCUGCCGCCGCCAGGGACAAGGAGGAGCGGCGGGCCUUGGCCACAGCCCUGGAACCCCCUGGCGGGGAGGGGCCGGAGGACAGGGAGAGCAUCCCCAGCAGCCAGUCCUCAGAGAGCGUCUUCUCCGAUUUCAUCCAGUACCAGGCAGACCGGCCCCAGGAGGCUGCCCAAGCUCCUGCUGCUGCCCUGGACUCCCCUUCUGAGAAGGGUGGACCAGAGGACGCCUCCUCUCCCAGCGACGGCCUUGUGGGGCGGGGCCGGGGCUGGGGCGGGGCGGGGCCGGCCCAGACCAAACCCCAGGACAAGCCGGUAAUGCAGUGCUGCCUGGAGGAGUUCCAGCACUUUCUGACUCGUCUGGUGACCCUGCACAUCACGCCCCCUGCGGGUGGGGGCAGGGAGAGGCCUGCGCACAUGGAGGUGGUGAGGGCGGGGCUGGAGGGCGAAGCAUCGGAGGACGAUAGGGCUGGCCACCAGGGGGCGCAGCAGAGGGAGUGCCUGGGCGCCUUCACUGCCGCCUGCCAGCUCUUCUUGGAAUGCUCCAGCUUCCCCGUCUACAUCGCCGAGGGCAACCUGAAGUCGACGCCCACCAGGGAAGAGCUCACAGACAGCGAACACGUGCGGCCGGCCCCCUGGCUGCAGACGCUGAUGGACGCCUGCUGCUCGGCGGGAGACUUCAGCGUGCAGGCCGUGGCCAUCUCCCUGGUCAUGGACCUGGUGGGCCUCGCCCAGUCCGUCGCCAUGGUGACCGCCGAGAGCACGGGCGGCCCGGACUCCGCCCACCAGCCCGUCAGCCCCAGCCAGGGCCGCGUCGCUGUGGUGAUCAGGCCCCCCCUCACCCAGGGCAUCCUGAAGUUCAUCGCCGAGAAGACGGAGUUCUUUAAGCAUGUGGCCCUGAUCCUGUGGGACCAGCUGGGAGAGGGGACGCCCCAGCACCACCAGCGCAGCGUGGAGCUUUUCUACCAGCUGCACAACCUGGUGCCCUCCUCCAGCAUCUGUGAGGACGUCAUCAGCCAGCAGCUCAUGCACUGGGACAAGAGAAUUCGUUUGGAGGCCCAUGUGAAGUUUUCUGUGCUCUGGCACCUGACCAGAGACCUCAACAUCACCAAGUCUUCCCCUUUCAAUCGCACCUUUGACAGGUCUCUCUUCAUCAUGUUGGACAGUCUGAGUUAUUGGGAUGGUUCGGCGAGCGCGGUGGGCCGGGCCUGGUUGAACCAGGUUCUGCAGAGACACGACAUCGCCCGAGUGCUGGAGCCGCUGCUGCUGCUGCUGCUCCACCCGAAGACCCACCGCGUGUCCAUCCAGCGCGUGCAGGCCCAGUGCCAGUGGGCCCGGGCCUUCCCCGGCCCCACCGACCCCGAUGGCUCGGGGCCCAUCUACAUGGCUUUCUCAGACCACUUUGGCCAGCUGCAGGCGGACGAUCCGAGGGCGGGGCAUGGGUGUGGCCUGCCGCUGGACGACAUGGAGCCCUUUAGCCUCACGGUGAACCCUCUGAGCGAAAGCCUGUCCCUGCUCAGCCUCAGCAGCGAGAACCUGCCGCUCAGCACCGCCUUCCCCCCGCAGGACCAGCAGGGGGAGCCGCCGAGCUCUGAGUCGGGCGCGUCCCGCUCCUCCACCGAGGAGCCCAGUUUCGAGGAGCCCGACGGGCAGCCGAACGGGGACGGCGGCGACUGCUCCCCGGCCCCGCGCAACCACGCCCCGGCCGCACCCCCCGAGGACGAGUCCGUGAAGGAGGCGGUGACGGCGCUGCUGGCCGACCUGGUGGACCGCGUGGCGCGGGCGGAGGAGGAGGACGAGUCCAAAACGCCGUCCCCCUCGGACCCCUGGCCGGCCCAGGUGGACUCGGACAGCUCCAACUCCUCGGACACGUCCGGGGGCCCGCAAUACGACCCCGGCCCCGCCCGGGGCCACGGCCCCUCGGAGCCUGGAGCCGGUCAGACGCUGGACUUCCUGUCGGUGACCUCUGACACGGGGGACGAGGAGCCCCACGAGAGCAUGACCCGCCACAGCUCCUCCCCGUCCAUAGUCACCCUCCCCGACUCCGCCCCCGACCCCGCCCUGCUGGGGCCGGACGACCGCGCCCGCAAGCGCAGCCACAGCAGCACCCAGCUCAGCCUGAAGAGCAAGAUCAUGGAGCGGCUGGCCGACAAGUCGCCGGGCGCCAAGCCCAAGGUGAAGAGGAGCAAGAGGAAGGAGGAGGAGCGCCAGCGGCGGGCCCAGGCCGAGCGCGCCAAGCAGCCCAACAUCUUCUUCGGCGACAGCCUGGACCUGGAGAACUGGUACAGCUGCGGCGAGGGCGAGGUGUCGGAGAUCGAGAGCGACGUGGGCUCCCCCGGGGGCAGCGCCACUGCCACCGCCGCCCGCCGCUCAGCCUCGCCCGCCCGCCUCAACAUCCACCCGCUCUACCAGCACGUGCUGCUCUACCUGCAGCUCUACGACUCCUCGCGCGCCCUCCACGCCCUCUCGGCCGUCGCCGCCAUGCUCAAGGCCGCGCCGGCCGGCUUCGUGGGCGCCAUCUCCACCACCAGCAUCAACAACACGUACACGCCGCAGCUGUCGCUGCUGCAGAACCUGCUGGCCCGCCACCGCAUCUCCGUCAUGGGCAAGGACUUCUACAGCGCCAUCCCGCCCGACUCGCACUCGCACUCCUUCCGCAGUGCCAUGUUCAUCGAGAUCCUCAUCUCGCUCUGCCUCUACUUCCUGCGCAGCUACUACUCGGCGCACGUGGCGGCCGCGCCCCAGGACCUGGCGGGGAACCGCAGCAUGCAGCUGACCAGCAUCGAGGUCCUGACCCUGCUCUUCACCGAGCUCUCCAAGGUGGCCGAGGGCUCGGCCAAGGGCUUCUCCAGCUUCAUCGGGGACGUGCUCUCCAAGUGCAAGGUGCAGAAGGUGGUGCUCCACUGCCUGCUGUCCACCAUCUUCAGCGCGCAGAAGUGGCACGAGCAGCGGGCGGGCGGGGCCAACCUGCCGGCCGUGGAGGAGGGGCUGUCGGAGGACAGCGUGGUCAACCUGUCGGAGGACCAGAUGGACGGCUGCAGCGCGGUGCAGUCGCAGCUGCUCCGCCUCCUGCAGAGCCUGGUGGUGCUGGAGCGCCGUGUCAUGGCCCCGCCCGAGGAGGGCGGGGAGGCGGGGCUGGGAGCGGGGCCGGGGCUGGGGGCGGGGCCUGUGCCAGGGCCAGAGCCACCGGGGGAGGUGGAGCAUGUGAACCCGCAGCAACCCAUGACCUCGCUGCAGUACCUCCAGGGCCAGCCAAUCACGGCGCAGGGCAUGUUCCUGUGUGCCGUCAUCCGCGCCCUCCACCAGCACUACACCUGCAAGAUGCACCCGCAGUGGAUCGGCCUCAUCACCGCCACGCUGCCUUAUAUGGGCAGGGUGCUGCGCCGCGUGGUGGCCUCCGUCACCCUCCAGCUUUGCCGUAACCUGGACAACCUUAUCCAGCAGUACCGCUACGAGACUGGACUGUCUGACACCAAGCCCCAGUGGAUGGCGCUGUGCAUCCCGCCUGACCUGAUUCUUACUGUGCUGGAGGGAGUGACUGCCAUCAUUCAUUACUGCCUGCUGGACCAGUCUUCCCAGUACCAUCAGUUGCAGGUGAGUGUGGAUCAGAAGCAGCUGUCGGAGGCCCGUGCUGGGAUUCUGUCCAUCCUGCACACCAUCAUGUCCUCGGUCACGCUGCUGUGGAGCGUUCUCUACAUGGCCGACAGCUCCGAGCGGCCCGCUGCGGCCUCCGCCGCCUCCACCUCCAACAUCAACCUGGGCUCCACCAAGAACCUCAGGCAGCAGAUUCUGGAGCUCCUAGGGCCCAUAUCUAUGAAUCACGGGGCCCAUUUCAUGGCUGCCAUCGCCUACGUCUGGAACGAAAGGAGACACAGCAAAAGCCCCGCCCGCAACAAGGUGAUUCCCACUGCCAGUGAUGAGCAGCUCCUCCUGGUGGAGCUGGUACGCUCAGUCAGCGCCAUGCGCACCGAGACUGUGAUGCAGACGGUCAAAGAGGUUCUGAAACAGCCGCCCGCCAUUGCCAAAGAUAAGAAGCAUCUCUCCCUGGAGGUCUGUAUGCUGCAGUUUUUCUACGCCUACGUGCAGAGGAUCCCUGUUUCCAGCUUAGUGGACAGCUGGCCUGCCCUCCUGGCACUGCUGAAGGACUCCAUACAACUGGGCCUGCCCUCUCCUGGACAGUUUCUAAUACUGGGGAUUCUGAAUGAGUUCAUCUUGAAGAACCCUAACCUGGAGAACAAGAAGGACCAGCGUGAGCUACAGGACGUGACCCACAAGGUGGUGGAGGCAAUUGGGACGAUAGCGGGGUCUUCCCUGGAGCAGACCACCUGGCUGAGGCGGAACCUGGAGGUGAAGGCCUCGCCCCAGAUCGUGGUGGACGGAGCCAGCCUGGAGGCGGACGUGGAGGACCUGAUGCUGACCGUGGCAGAGGCAUCAAGCUUCACUCCAUCUUUGUACAGCGUUCAUGCCCUCACACUGCUGGCUGAGGUGCUGGCCCAUCUGCUGGACAUGGUGUUCUACAGUGAUGAGAAGGAGAGGGUGAUCCCCCUGCUGGUCAACAUUAUGCAUUACGUGGUGCCCUACCUCCGCAACCACAGUGCCCACAAUGCCCCCAGUUACCGGGCGUGUAUCCAGCUCUUGAGCAGCCUCAGUGGGUACCAGUACACCCGCCGUGCCUGGAAGAAGGAGGCCUUUGACCUCUUCAUGGACCACACCUUCUUCCAGAUGGACUCCUCCUGCGUCAGUCACUGGCGAGCCAUCAUUGACCACCUGAUGACCCAUGACAAGACCACGUUCAGAGACCUGAUGACACGAGUAGCCGUAGCUCAGAGCAGCUCUCUGAAUCUGUUCACCAACCGCGAUGCUGAGCUGGAGCAGAGAGCCAUGCUGCUCAAACGCCUGGCCUUCACCAUCUACAGCAGCGAGGUGGACCAGUACCAGAAAUACCUGCCUGACAUUCAGGAGCGGUUGGUGGAGAGCCUGCGGCUGCCCCAGGUGCCCAUCCUGCACGCUCAGGUGUUCCUGUUCUUCAGAGUCCUGCUGCUGCGCAUGUCUCCCCAGCACCUCACCUCACUCUGGCCCACCAUGAUCACUGAGCUGGUGCAGGUAUUUUUACUCAUGGAACAGGAGCUGAUCUCUGAUGAUGAUAUCACCAGGACCUCAGGACCAGCAGUGGCUGGGCUGGAGACCACCUACUCUGGUGGAAAUGGCUUCUCCACCUCCUACAACAGCCAGCGCUGGCUCAACCUGUACCUGUCAGCCUGUAAACUGCUGGAUCUUGCCCUGGCCCUGCCCUCCGAGAGCCUGCCGCAGUUCCAGAUGUACCGGUGGGCCUUCAUCCCAGAGGCCUCGGAUGAUUCCGGACUGGAAGUUCGCAGACAGGGGACCCACCAGCGUGAGUUCAAGCCAUACGUGGUCCGACUGGCCAAGCUGUUGAGGAAACGAGCCAAGAAGAACCCAGAGGAGGACGUUUCUGGACGGACGCUGACCUGGGAGCCGGGUCACCUGCUGCUGACCCUGUACGGGAUCCGCAGCAUGGAGCAGCUGCUGCCCUUCUUCAAUCUGCUCAGUCAGGUGUUUAACAGCAAGGUGAGCAGCCGCUCGGGCCCCGCCCACAGCCCCACCCCCAGCACCAACCCUUACCCCUCCAAGGACGGGAAGCUGGAGAGCCAAAAAGUGUUCUGGAGCCGCGCCCGGCAGAACAUCGAGGAGAUGGUGGAGAAGGACUUCCUGGAGGGCCUCAUCAAAACGUGACGCGCAAAAACAAACACCAAAAAAAUCUCUCAACAGUGAAACCACCUCAAAAAAAGGGGAAAUGAAGACUCCAGUUUGUAAAUUUUGUUUUUUUAUUAAUAAUGACUGUACUGUACUUUUCAAAGGCUAUACUAUUUAAUUUAAAAUAAAUUAUUUGUAUAUAUGGGGCAGCUGUGACUAAACUCUCCCUCUGUGUGAGUUUGGAGGCCCAUGUGAAGAUCACUGGAUCAUUCCAUAUUGUUGUGACUAAAUAAAAGAUCUAUCAUUAAACCCUC